GACAAGAUCGAGCUUGACAACCGUAACCCCAACUUAAACAUCUAUCAGGAGUGUGAUCUUAGUCUCCGUUCAAAAGUAUCAAUCACCUUUCCUAUACUUGUUGAUUGUAAAACAUGAAGCACGCAUUGCUUUUCUGCUUUUUUUCUGUCUUUAUUAUAGGUUUGGCGAACUGCGAGUGCAUGUCGGAUUGCACAGCAACAUACACCUCGGACAUAGUAGGAGCAAACGUCGCCCAGUUAUGCACUGUCGCGCUGAACUACCUGGAGUGUCUGUCGUCCUGUAGCAUAGAAAUGGCAUCUUUCAUCAAACAAAUGGAGGACCUCUAUGGAGCUGACUGUGAUCUGUCAGGCUACUCUGGUUCCACCUCUCCGUCCGUCAGUUUUUUUACCUUCCUCGUAGCUCCACUGUUCGCUGCUUAUCGAACCUUCGGACUGUAACCCUCUCUGAUGUCAUCAACAUACGUCUGCAGCCAGAGACAUAAUCUAUACCUGUACUUAUUACUUAAGUUCAUUAAUUACUCAGCUUAGUUAAUCAAUGAUCGACACUCUGUAUAUGUACAACUUUGCAGACGACAUUAAACUGAUCGGCUAUUAAUUACAUCUCUGUCACACAAAAAUGUCUUGCGGACAAAUUUACGGCUGAACAUAUUUUUAAAGUCGGCAAGUUUUGACAUUUUAUGGAAAUGCCAUUUAAACUACAUCAAUAAAACCAUCAAGUAUAAUUGCUGUAACAAAAAGAUAAUUCAAACCAAUGGAGUUACCAUGUUUGUUUUCAAUGUUUCUGAAGACUGUAUAAAAAAUGUAGCUCCACCUGAUUCGGCAUACACACACACACCCUGUGCUUCCAAAUCUGAAAACAACAUCAAGGAUUCUGUUCAGCUUUAUUUUGUCUUAAUAAACUUGCUGUUUAUUGCUUACAUAACCUUUAACCUGUAAUCAUCGAUCUCUUUUGUUUGACAACACUGAGCCAGUGUGUGAUGAUUCUGUGAUGAGACUGGCUGUCAUAUCGAAUUAAGUAAUAAUAUUUUUAUCACUAAAUGUUCCUGUUAUUGAUAUGUAUUUAUAGUAACCACACAAAUGUAUGGUAUUAUAAUAACAAUAAUAUUUAUUCUAUUUUGAGAGGCUAACUGGCCUAUAUCAACAUCAUACACUGCUGGUUACAUGCAUGUCAACAGUGGGUGGCUGUACAAGGUGAACAUUUCAGUAAUAUUUAGGGUUUCAACUAUUAAGUAAACAAUAUAAUGACAUUCAAUACUGAGCGAUUACUGUGAUUAUAUGUUCUUAUCUUUAAAGAUUUUGUAUAAGCUAAUUAACACAGAAACGACAAUUAUUAAAGUAUAUUUGAAACUUUUAUCAAAUAAAUGCAACUAAGAAGGAGAAGAAGAAUGGAGAAAAUACAACCAGAAUACGUAAGGUGGGUACUUCUGAGGACUUUUAGUUCUUCUCUCAGGCAGCUGACCACAGCAUACAUGUAACUUCAAAAUAUUUUAUAUCAAAGGGAGACAACUGCUGCAGUAUUUAUAGUUAGUUGACUAGCCUCCCUUUAGGUAGAGCAAUAUCUUGUCCAAAGGCAUUUUGUGUAUAUAAGUAUAUCCAAGGACUAUGCUCCCUCAGACAUUCAUAUGUUUACAUUUUCAUGCUUGCUUCAAUCUUGAAAUUUUUGUAUUAGUACACAUCUUAAAUGAAAUUCUUGUAAAGUAACUUAAGUAUGUCAUCAUGUAUUGUACAUGAAAAAAAGCAAUAGAUAAAAUAAAAAAUUCAUAUAUCAUAUCAUCUAAGGCAGCGGUUCUCAACCUUUUACAUGUGAC